CAGCCAGCUGCAACCCUUCCUUCCAUUCCCCUGUCCUUACCCUCCGCGCCGCACCACGCCAUAGAACAGAAUGUUCUACUAGUUCUUGGAUGCUCUCGCGCCCGCAACAUUCCCUUCCCUUCCUUGUACGGCCCGCCCCCCCUUCCAUAAACAAAGCCCCCGCGCCGCCUGCCUGCUUCUCUCCUCCCACUCGUCCCACGGUAUCCGCCACGCCACGGGGUUUCUUGCCUCCAGCGCGCGGCGCGGGUCCGUCCGUCCGUCCGUCCGUCCCUCCCUCCCUCCCUUCUUCCUCGUUACACCUGACCAAUAGUGGGUUUAGCGAGCGCGAGCGCCGUCAGUUGAUUCCCCGCGUAAAGCUUGGAUCUUGGCUCCUGGAUUGCCGCAGGUGCCGGCGCCUGCGGCGGAGAGGCCGCGAGGGUGGUCUGAAAGGAGAGCGUCCUCUUCGGAGGGGCGGCGCGGUUCCGCCGCCGGUGUGGUGUGAACAGGCCCACCGAUUUCUCUGUCCCGAGUUUCAGAAAAUCACUUCUCCGCAGAUGUGCAACUUCGUCUGGCUCUUCCGCGUGCUCUGGCGCAUCCUCAGCGUCGCCUUCUGAGCCUCCCACUCUCCACCCCGCGUGCUCUCCACUUCGCCGCGGCUGCUGGCCGUCGGCUCCUCGGACUGGACUGAGUGGGGGAAAAGUUUUCCGUCGGUGGGGUUUCCUGUAGACUUCGUUCCGUCCAAGCGCGUCGCGUGCGGUGCGGUGCGGUGCGGCGGAAAGCCGGGACGACGCUGCUGCCUGCUGCUGCUGCCUUUGGUCCGUCUCACACAAGGAACGCCCGCGUCCCGCGCGCCCAUUGAUGUAGUGUGGUGGUGUCCACUGUCCUGCGGGGUGGCCGCCGCCUUGGAGGUUGGGAAUUGGAACCGGUUGCUGCUCCGUCCGGGACGAUGGCCUGCCUCAAGCUGGGAUCCAGGGCUGAUGUGUUCCGGAAGCAAGGGCAGGAGUGGUACUGCACAUCUGGUCUUCCCAGUGAUAUAACUGUGGUAGUUGGGGAACAGUCGUUCCAUCUUCACAAGUUUCCUCUGUUAUCAAAAAGUGGCCUGUUGGAGAAGCGUAUCAGAGAGAAAAUCGAUAAGGGGGACGAUAGCUGUACCAUUGAUCUAUCUGACAUUCCUGGCGGAGCAAAGGCUUUUGAACUGGCUGCCAAAUUUUGCUAUGGUGUAAAGUUUGAAAUGACUGCCUCCAACGUUGUACACCUUCGUUGUGCUGCUGAUUAUCUUGAGAUGACAGAAGAGAUAUCCGAGGAAAAUUUGAUCGCACAGACAGAGUACUUCCUUACCCAAACAGUCCUCAGGAGCUGGAAGGAUUCAGUCAAGGCGCUUCAAACUUGUGACAAUGUCCUUGAAGUUGCUGAAAGGUUGCAAAUUGUAAAGAGGUGUGUAGACUCUAUUGCAACUAGAUCAUGCAGUGACCCUGAUUUAUUUGGCUGGCCAGUAGCCCAGUAUGGAGGCCCCAUGCAGAGUCCUGGAGGAAGCCUCUUGUGGAAUGGUAUUAGCACGGGAGCAAGGCCCAGAAAUAGCAGCCCGGAUUGGUGGUAUGAUGAUGUCUCAUGUUUAAGCCUUCCGUUAUACAAAAAACUCAUCUCAGCCAUGGAAUAUCGGGGCAUCAGUCAGGAGAUUAUCGUUGGAUCCCUUAACCAUUAUGCCAAAAGGCGUUUGCCUGGUUUGAAUCGGCGUAAAAGCAUCGGUGAUGUCAGCAACUGUCUUUCUAUGACUAGUUUAACAUCCAUCCCUUCUGAAGAUGACCAGAAGUAUCUUCUUGAGGAGAUUGAUAGACUACUACCUUUCCAAAGGGGUGUUACAUCAUGCAAGCUACUCUUUGGCCUUCUGCGCACAGCAAUCUUCCUGAAAGCCAGUCCCUCCUGCGUGUCGAACUUGGAGAGACGGAUAGGUAUGCAGCUUGACAAGGCCAGCCUGGAAGAUCUUUUGAUACCGAAUGUCUCUGAUUCUGUGGAAACACUGUAUGAUGUGGAUUGUGCGCAGAGGAUUCUAGACCAUUUCUUGGCAAUGGACCAAGAAACUGGUGGGGCCUCCCCUGGCAUUGGUGAAGAUGGGCAAAUGUUGGCCUCACCAUCUUUAAUGCCAAUAAUGAUGGUUGCUAAGUUGAUUGAUGGUUAUCUAGCUGAAGUUGCACCAGACAUGAACUUGAAGUUGCCAAAGUUUCGGUCUUUGGCUGCUGCUAUACCAGAUUAUGCUCGUCCAAUAGAUGAUGGGCUUUAUCGUGCUAUUGACAUAUAUCUCAAGGCGCAUCCACAUCUGUCAGAAUCAGAGAAGGAAGAGCUCUGCCGGGUGAUGGACUGCCAGAAGCUGUCCCUGGAGGCCUGCACACACGCGGCUCAGAACGAGCGCCUCCCGCUCCGCAUCAUAGUGCAGGUCCUCUUCUUCGAGCAGCUCCAGCUUCGGAGUUCCAUCGCCGAAUGCCUCAUGAUCUCAGAGCCCCUCGAUGGCGGUGGUGGUGUCGGUCCAUCACGGCAGCUUGGAGGCCUGCCUGUCUCGGGUGAGCACCACCGUGGCGCCGGCUGGCCCCUGGCCGCCAGGGAGAACCAGACGCUGCGGGAAGGCAUGGACAGCAUGAAGCAGCGUGUGGCCGAGCUGGAGAAGGAGUGCUCCGCCAUGAGAGAGGACAUCGAGCGGCUCGGCCGCAGCCGCAGCGCCAGCAAGAGCAGGUUCCCGUUCGCGCUCACCGCAAAGCCCGUCUGCAGCACCAAGGACAAAGAGGCUGCUCCGGAGUCGUCAAAGUCAAAGGCAAAGGCGGCGGCAACAGGGAGCGAGGACAAGCUGGCCGUGGUCAAGGGCGGUGCCGCCACUGAUGGCGCGGCGCAGCCGAAGCACAGGAAGCACAAGAUGAACCUGUCAGCCUGUUAGAUAUAUCUACAUAUACACAAUAGGUCCAGGAUGAACACUACUGUGAGAGAGACUAUCGAUUUUUUUGGCAUUUGCUCAGUGAAAAUGCAUAGCGUUACCAGCAUCUUUUGGACUUCGACAUCCAUCCAGAGUUCCAGGGGAGUAUGCUCCAGCUGUUCCAUGCUUCCCGUUGUACUUGUACAUGUCCAUGAAUCUGAAAAGAAUUUACUAGUAGAAUAUCCUACCAAGUUCUUGUGAAA